AUGAUUUCAUCAUUUCUCCCAUCCCUUCCAACCCAAAACCCAUUUCCUUCCCUUCCCUUCCCUUUUCUUCAUAUCCCUUCCCUUCCCUUCCUUUCCCACUCCCUCCCUACCCUUCCAGUCCUAUCCCUUCCCGUCCAAUCCCCUGCUUACCCAGCCAUUCCCUUCCCAUCUCUCCGUUCUAGUCCCUUCCCUUGCUUCGGGUGCCCCUACCUUCACUACGUCUCCUUCUCUUCCUUUCCCUUCCCUUGCUUCGGGUCACGCGAGUUCAACGUGCCACAAUUCUCCUUUUCUUCAUUAUUUCUCCCAUCCCUUCCAACCCUGAACCCAUUUCCUUCCCUUCCCGCUUUUCCCUUCACUUCCCUUCCAUUCCCUUCAUAUCCCUUCCCUUCCUUUCCUUUCCCACCCCCUCCCUUCCCUUCCAAUCCUAUCCCUUCCCAUCCUAUCCCCUGCUUACCCUGCCAUUACCAUCCCAUCCUCUCCGUUCCAGUCCCUUCCCUUGCUUCGGGUGCCCUUACCUUCACUACGUCUCCUUCCCUUCCUUUCCCUUCCCUUGCUUCAGUCCCUCCCCCUCACGCGUCCAGUCCCUCCCCUCACGCGUCCAGUCCCUCCCCCUCACGCGUCCAGUCCCUCCCCCUCGCGCUUCCAGUCCCUCCCCCUCACACGUCCAGUCCCUCCCCCUCACGCGCCCAGUCCCUCCCCCUCAUGUGCCCAGUCCCUCCCCCUCACGUGCCCAGUUUCUCCCCCUCACGUGCCGAGUCCCUCACCUUCACGCGUCCAGUCCCUCCCCCUCACGCGUCCAGUUCCUCCCCCUCACGCGUCCAGUCCCUCCCCCUCACGCGUCCAGUCCCUCCCCCUCACGCCUGCCCAUUCCUUCCCUCUCACGCUUCAAUUCCUUCCCCCUCACGCUUCCAUUCCCUCCCCCUCACGCUUCCACACUGUACCUCUUUCACUUCCAUUCCCUCCCCCUCACACUUCCAAUCCCUCCUCUGCACGCUUUCCUUCUCGCUUGCAUUCCCUCCCUUGCACGCUCCCAUUUCCCGCCCCCCCCCCCUCCCCCCCACCUUCCCCUCUCACUCUCCCAUUCCCUCCCUUUCACACUUCCGUUCCCUCCCCCUCAAGCUUCCAUUCUCUCGCAAACACGCUUCUAUUUCCCUCCCCCUCACGCUUCCAAUCACUCCCCCGCUCGUUUCCAUUCCCUCCCCCGCACACUUCCGUUCCCUCCUCCGCUUGCACAUAUUCCCUUUCCCGCCCGCUUCCAUGCUCUCCUUCACACCUUUCACUCCCCCUCAUGCUUGCAUCCCUUCCCUUCCUUCCCUUCCCUUUCGUCCCUUCCCUACCCAUCCCUUCACCUUCCUUCAGUUUACCACCCUCUCUUUCCUCUCCCCUAGUUUUCCCUACCUCCCCUUCCAAUCCCCUAUCAAUGAUUUCCUCCACUCCCAUCCCUUCCUUCCCUACCAUUUCCUUCCCUUCCCGCUUUUCCCUUCCCUUCCCUUCCCUCCCCUUCCUAUCCCUUCCCUUCCCUUCCUUUCCCAUCCCUUCCCAUACCUUCCCUAUCUAUCUACCCCCCUUCCUAUCCUUUCCCGUCCCAUCCCCUGCUUCCCAAAGAACAAUCCCUUCCCAUCCUCUCCGUUCCAGUCCCUCCCCUUGCUUCGGGUGCCCUUUCCUUCCAUUUGUCUCCUUCCUUUCCUUUCCCUUCCCACCCCCACACACUUCCGUUCGCUCGCCCGCUCGAUGCCAUUCCCUCCCCUGCUCGCUUCCAUUCUCUUUCCAACUCCCUUCCAUGCCCUCUCCUCACGCUCCCAUUCCCCCCCCCUUAUGGUUGCAUCCCUUCCCCUCAUCCUUGCAUCCCUUCCCCUCACUCUUGCAUCCCUUCUCCUCAACCUCCCUUCCUUCACUUCUCGGCCCAUCCUUCUCCUCAACCUCCCUUCCUUCACUUCCCGGCCCAUCCCUUCUUCUUUCUUUAGUUUACCACCCUCUCUUUCCUCCCCCCUAGUUUCCCUUACUUCUUCCCUUCCGUUCUCCUGCUUUUGCGCCUGCCUCUCAUUUUCCUGA